AUGGCUUCUUCUGCUAUCGCUGUUCGCUCACCCAAAUCGUCAUGGGAUUCGCCAUCAUAUAUAUCUAGUCCAGCUCCUACAGCAGUUACUUCUGCUCCAGUAAUACCACCGUUUGUCGACGAUUCAACAUGGCAGGAGCGCGCGGUUUGCUUCUUCUUCGACCAGUUUACGGAAACUGGCAGGCCUGACGGUUUUUCUGGCCAUAUGGAGUAUCUACCGGGACUAUAUGCUCGUUGUCAAGAUGAUGAAGGGAGCAUUUUCGCUGAAAGAUGUUCCGCAGCCUCAUGUUUGCGAUGGGCGGUCAAUGCGACAUCGCUCAUUGCUCUAGGUAAUCGGAAAGGAUCGAAGGAGCUGUGCCUCCAGGCAAAGAAUCAAUAUGGACUUGUGCUUCGAGGGUUGCGGCAAGCGUUGACGUCGCAGGUUGAGGCGAUGAAAGAUGAGACCUUUGCGACAGUCGUCCUGCUUCUUUUGUUUGAAGAAAUUGCAGGGGAGCGUAUUGGACUUUCGAGCUCGCAUACCGCCGGUCUGGAAGCUUUGAUGGAGCUGCGGGGGAGAAGCCAAUUUGGUCGUGAGGAGGGCCGGGCUUUAUUUCAAUUGGCCUAUACUCAUAAGCAUGUGGCAAUUUUGGUCCUUGGGGAUAAACCCCGAUUUAAUAUGGAAUGGGCUCUAGGGUUAUUGGACGAUUCUGAUCCAGUUCACCGGCUGCUGUCGACCGCGUUCAAGGUCAGUCGAAUUGUGCUACAGAUCUCUUCGCUGGAGCCAGCUGAAGGUGAUGGCUCUAUAUUUACCAGUACUAUCGCCGCGGAAAUAUCGGAAUGGGUAGAAUCAUGUAAACUGCUAGAUUGGCAACUCGAUCAAUGGACCCAGCAUCUGCCGGACGACUGGCUGCCUUCCAUCGUCUACUCUCAGGACGGGUCGCCGUUAAUCACCAACCGGUACGUCUGGAUGACAGGCAUCUGGGACUAUUACCGGUCCUUCCGGGUCCUUCUGCAGAGGCUGCUCAUCGCCCUGUACAGGAAACUGGCAUGUCUCGAUCCGCGACAUGCCUACGGCUGUGCCCUUGCUUGUUUAAAUUUCCAGAAAGUGACCCAGGAUAUGAUCGGUGAUAUUUGCCGCAGCAUACCCUUCCUAAUGGGGGAUGUUGACAUGCUCGGGAGGCCGAUCACUGGGCUUUCAUUUUGUUACUCAUCUAACGGGAAACCCGGCGUCCGCACAUUGCACGCCCACAGCAUACUAUGGCCUCUGUGGCAUAUUUUUUCCUCCGGACUCGCCACGCCGAAGCAGGCGCAACAGAUCCGAUCCGUUUUGGUGCGGAUGGGGUCAACGCUCGGCAUCAAAUUGGCGUUGGCCUUAGCGGAUGAAUGGAAUGGCUAUCAGGGAUCUGUCCUUCUUCGGAUCUGA